UUGAAGUUCCUUCUCUGCUUCGUUCCUUUCCUUUCACUUGUUUCGUCAUCUAAACAAACAAACCCUACCAACGAUGACUUUCGGCUUCCUUCUUUGUAUAAAUUGGUUUUAUAGCUGAAAUCUCCUACACUUCUUCCUCUAUCAUGUUUCUUCUCCAUUCUCGCGUUUUCUUCUUUUUCUCUCCGUUUCCAUUUCCUCCACCUCCAUCACCUAACCAUCCUCCAUUACAAACCCACCAUGCGUUCUCCUGCAGCUCUUCGUUUCUCUCGUCUAGGGUUUCUACAAACCUCAAAACGAUCCUUCACUUCUCGAACGGGAACCCAAGCAAUCUUCGCUUCAUUGUGUUGUCACCAUAGAUUUGCUUAUAAUUUCAAUUUGUGCGCAUCGAAGGCCCAGCGACAUGGAUUUAAAUUGCGGCAUGAUUUGUUUCCAAUUGAGGCCAUGGAUGAGGAUUCAGUGGGUAUUUCUUCAUUUAAUGAUUGGGAUUAUGGGGAGAGUGAUGGGACUUCUGGGAGGAGUAGCUACAUACUAUCUUCUAGUGACGGUGAAGAUAGUGAUGCAGAUAUUAUAAUAAAUACUACUACCAAGGAUGCUGACUUGCCUGGUAGUAUCAAGGAGCAUAUGGACUCGUCUGAUGGGCCUCUAACUGUGACUGCUGACAGACUGGGAGUGCUUCGAAAAGGAAGGAAAUUGAGGAUUCAACCUGGAGUUUUCAUGAACAUGGCGUUGAUAGCUUUCUUGGUGGUUCUUCUUUUACUUGUAGAUUGGUGUUCAUGGCGGAUAGUCAGACUACCAUUAGAAUCCUUUUUCCUGACACGCCCAUUUAUUAUAUCAGCAGUUUUAACAUCAGUUGCAGGAUAUUUAUGUAUCCCAGUACUUUAUAGCUUGAAGGUACAUCAAAUCUUAAGGAAAGAAGGACCUGUUGCACAUUCUUCAAAAAAGCGAACCCCUACAAUGGGUGGGCUGUUUUUUGUUCCAAUUGGUAUAAUUGUGGCAAGAGCCAUAGCUGGUUUCUCGUCUGUUGAAGUUGCUGGAGCUGCAACAGCAACUCUAGCUUUUGCGGCAAUUGGACUGCUUGAUGACAUUUUAAGUUUCAUCAAGAAUCAUAAUUAUGGUUUACCUGCAUGGGUAAAAGUUUUCUUAGAGGUAGCUGUUGGGGUAUGGUUCUCAUUAUGGUUGGGCUCAGCAAACAUAUCAUCACCCUACAGCAUGAAAAUGUUGGUACCUCUUCCUGCACCUCUGGGACUUCUAUAUCUAGGAGAACUCCUCUAUCUAUUGUUGACCACAUUCUGCUUUGUUUCCAUGGGGAAUGGAAUUAACUUAACAGAUGGCCUUGAUGGACUGGCUGGAGGUACAUCUGCAUUGGCUUUUAUAGGCAUGUCAAUUGCUGUUCUUCCGAUAUGUUCUGACCUUGCUAUAUUUGGAUCAUCCAUGGCUGGUGCCUGUGUUGGUUUUCUCUUGCAUAAUCGGUACAAGGCAUCUGUAUUUAUGGGUGACACUGGAUCCUUGGCAUUGGGUGGAGCACUGGCUGCCAUGACUGCUUGUACUGGAAUGUUCUUUCCAUUAUUUAUUUCAUCUGGGAUCUUUGUCCUGGAAGCAGUAUCAGUUAUAGUGCAGGUGUUCUAUUUCAAGACCACUAAGUAUUUGCAUGGAUCUGGCCGCCGCUUGUUUCGCAUGGCGCCUUUGCAUCAUCACUUUGAGUUGUGCGGGUAUAAAGAACCAGAAAUUGUUGCUUGUGCAUAUGUUGUCUCGUGCAUCUUGGCUGUAUUUGCUGGCUAUAUUGGCCUUAUUUCAUCAUAAAAGGAUAUGAAACUUCAUCCUUCUGUGGUGGUGGGCGUACCUGCACAAAUUUUGUAUUCAGUUUUUCUAAUAUUUUCUUUAUUUUUUCCUUCUUAAUUUUUGAUGAGUGACAUUGUUAAAGGAGAGAUGGCCGACUCUACACAUUAAUUUUGGCUAAAGAAUCUCCGAUUACAUUCAUCCCA